GAUCUAUGCGACCAAACAACCAGUCCAAGCUCUAUAGACUGCUGAGACUAUACUCUGUGAGAAGUGUUGUCGAUCAUUCAUUUCGGCAUCACACAUCGCUAACGCGGGCGGUCCUACCAUAGCCUUGAUUGAAGUCGAGCAUUAACAAGGGAAUCAAACGCAUACAUCAUGUCUGGUCAAGGUCCAAGAGAGUCGGUCUUCCCGACCCGUAUGAACCUGACAUUGACGAAACAGCGAUUAAAGGGAGCUCAGACGGGUCAUUCGCUGUUGGCCAAGAAGCGUGAUGCGUUGAUGACCAGGUUCAGGGCAAUCCUGCGGAAAGUGGACGAGGCCAAACGUCUAAUGGGCCGGGUGCUCCAACUAGCUUCCUUUUCUCUGGCCGAGGUGACCUACACUACGGGAGACAUUGGGUUCCAGGUUCAAGAGUCUGUGAGACAGGCGAGCUAUACCGUCAGGGCCAAACAGGAGAACGUCUCUGGAGUCGUCUUGCCGGCAUUCGAGGGCGUGAGGAGCAAGGAGGGGAACGACUUCAACCUGACCGGUCUGAGUCGAGGUGGACAGCAGAUUCAAAAGUCGAGAGAGACUUACGUCAAGGCGGUCGGAACGUUGGUAGAACUGGCUUCCCUGCAGACGGCGUUUACGAUCCUGGACGAGGUCAUCAAGGCCACGAACCGACGAGUCAACGCGAUCGAGCACGUCGUCAUUCCGAGGUUGGAGAACACCGUGUCGUACAUCAAUUCAGAGUUGGACGAGAUGGAUAGGGAAGAGUUCUUCCGACUGAAAAAGAUUCAGGGAAAGAAGAAGCGAGACACGGAAGCCGCCGAGGCCGAGAUGGCCGCCGAGAAGCAGGACGGCGUCGAGUACAGUGCCGACAGCGGGAUCGGGGGUGGAGAUGCGGGCGGCAAGGACAUGUUGGAUCAGGGCAAGGACGAGGACGUCAUCUUUUGAGUGUGGCGGUGUGGUUUUAGACGCGGGCGAGGGGGGAGACCGUUUUUGUAUCGAUUUUUUUUCUGUUUCUGGGCGUGACGUCGUGAUCAUAUAUAUCCCUGUCUUGUCGA